GGUUAUUCCGUUGGCGUCGGAUCCGUUUACUAGCGAGCUGCAAGCACUUAAGUGUGGUUCCCAUACCCCGACUAUUUCGCGUAAAAUCUUGAGUUAGGAUGGCAGGAGGUAAAGCAGGAAAGGACUCCGGGAAAGCAAAGGCGAAGGCAGUGUCCCGUUCGGCUAGAGCGGGCCUCCAGUUCCCCGUGGGCCGUAUCCACCGGCACCUGAAGAAUCAUACGACCAGUCACGGCCGUGUCGGCGCCACGGCCGCCGUCUACAGUGCGGCUAUCCUGGAGUACCUGACCGCUGAAGUGCUCGAGUUGGCCGGUAACGCAUCCAAGGACUUGAAGGUGAAGCGCAUCACUCCUCGCCAUCUGCAGCUUGCCAUUCGUGGUGACGAAGAAUUGGACACCCUGAUCAAGGCGACCAUUGCUGGCGGCGGUGUGAUUCCUCACAUCCACAAGUCACUUAUCGGCAAGAAGGGCACGCAAAAGCCAGCUUAAUGAAGCACUUCAGGAGGUGUUUUUCAUAAUUGAGAAGUAAUUUCAACUUACUGGAAUGAAGAAGAUCAUCAUGCAUCAGUUAAGGUUAAGGAACUUCCGCAGAAGACAGACAACACCCCACCUGUGCCGUACAACAAAACUUAAAUUAACAACUGUUCACAAGUGAAUUUAUAAAACGAGAAAUCGAAGUUAUCAACAACUCACAAAUAAAAUAUAAAUGUAAUCCAGAACAAAGCAGUGGAGGUUAGCUAUGUGACGGCAUUUGAAUUGGGUUAAAGCAUCAGCAAUUAUUCUCUUAUAGACCCCUCUCCGAGUUAUUUUAACCAAAAUUUAUGACUUGUUCCGGAUGACAGUUGUCUUCAGGAAUCAUGUUGUCUAUGUAGGCAGUAUGUCUAUGCUACAUCAUGAUCCUGGAAAUACAUACCGUUUUAUCGAAAGAUGAAUGAGGGUUUGUUUGUUUGCGUGUGCAAAUGUAAUUCGGAUAAUAGAUUUGUGUUCUUUCUUUAUUAAUUUCAUCCUAUUUGAGCAAAAUUUAGGUAACUUUUCCUACUGAAAGUAGCUUUAAUAUGACAAAAAAUUGACCAUUUGUUGCUAAAUUUUAGAUUUUAAGCCCCAUAAUGACAUUGUCGUCAUUGAUUAAUCAGUACACAUUCAUCUUUAAUUUCACGUUUGUACUGUUCAUUUAGCAUCGCAGUGUAUCAGUUUGGUGUACAUAUUUCGCAUAAUAAAAAUUCAAUUAUUCUAAC